AUGGCUCCAGCCGGUGGUGGAAACAUCAAGGUGGUGGUGAGAUGUCGACCCUUCAACAGCAGAGAAAAGGAAAGGGGGGCAAAAUGUAUCGUGGAGAUGAAGGGCAACCAGACUGUCCUCACCUCUCCACCAGAAGCCUCGCUCGGUGGUGCGAAAGGGACCAAGGACUCGGGACAGAAGGCCUUCGCCUUCGACAGAUCGUACUGGUCAUUCAGCAGAGACGAUCCCAACUAUGCCGAACAGCAUCACCUCCACCAAGACCUGGGACUGCCGCUUUUAGACAAUGCCUUUCAGGGCUACAACAACUGCAUUUUCGCAUAUGGCCAGACGGGUUCAGGGAAGUCAUAUUCCAUGAUGGGAUACGGGAAAGAGCACGGUAUCAUUCCUAUGAUCUGCCAAGACAUGUUCAAACGGAUCGAACAGAUGCAGGCAGACAAGACACUCAAGUGCACGGUCGAAGUCUCCUAUCUGGAAAUCUACAACGAACGAGUAAAAGAUCUCUUGAACCCUGCGACGAAAGGCAAUCUUAAAGUCCGAGAACAUCCCUCGACAGGUCCCUAUGUUGAGGACCUAGCAAAACUCGUGGUCACCAGCUUUCAGGAAAUCGAACACUUGAUGGAUGAGGGCAACAAGGCAAGAACCGUCGCCGCCACCAACAUGAACGCAACAUCCAGUCGAAGUCAUGCUGUCUUUACUCUGAUGGUCACUCAGAAAAAGUUCGACACGGAAACCAAGAUGGAAAUGGAGAAAGCCGCCAAGAUCAGUCUGGUAGAUCUUGCUGGUUCGGAAAGAGCAACCUCCACUGGAGCCACGGGAGCCCGUCUCAAGGAAGGUGCUGAGAUCAACAGAUCAUUGUCGACCUUGGGUCGUGUCAUUGCCGCGCUUGCCGACCUCUCGACCGGGAAGAAGAAAAAGGGGCCGGGUGGUCAAGUGCCGUAUCGUGACAGUGUCCUAACUUGGCUUUUGAAAGACUCGCUGGGAGGAAACAGCAUGACUGCUAUGAUAGCAGCAAUCAGUCCAGCAGAUAUCAAUUAUGAUGAGACGCUCAGUACACUACGUUAUGCCGACUCUGCCAAGCGCAUCAAGAACCACGCUGUCGUCAACGAAGACGCCAAUGCGCGCAUGAUUAGAGAACUCAAGGAAGAACUUGAUCUCUUGCGGAGCAAACUGGGCGGCGGCGGUAGCGGCGGUGCGGCCGGCGGUUCGAGUAUAAACCCCGACGAAGUCUACGCUGAAGGAACGCCUCUUGAACAGCAAAUAGUCAGCAUCACAUCAGCAGAUGGCACUGUCAAGAAAGUUUCAAAGGCCGAGAUUGCCGAGCAACUCAGCCAAAGCGAAAAGCUACUGACGGAUCUCAAUCAAACAUGGGAGGAAAAAUUACUCAAGACCGAGGAAAUCCACAAGGAGCGUGAAGCAGCGUUGGAAGAACUGGGUGUCAGCAUCGAAAAAGGAUUCGUUGGGCUACAUAUGCCUAAGAAAAUGCCCCAUUUGGUCAACUUGUCUGAUGACCCACUUCUCGCGGAAUGCCUGGUUUAUAACCUCAAGCCCGGUACCACCACAGUCGGAAACGUGGAGUCAAACGCGGACAACCAGGUCAACAUACGUCUCAACGGAACUCGCAUUCUUCACGAGCACUGUACGUUCGAAAACGCUGCUGAGGGAACCGUGACUAUUAUUCCAAGCGAGGGCGCUGGCGUAAUGGUCAACGGACAACGUAUAAGCGAACCGACUCGUCUGCGAUCUGGGUAUCGUAUCAUCUUGGGAGAUUUUCACAUCUUCCGUUUUAACAAUCCUGUAGAGGCCAAGGCAGAACGUGAGGAGAAUCGACAGAGUUUCUUUCGUCAGUCUGUCACCGCGGCUCAGCUCGGACUUGAUCUCACCCCAUCCGGCACCCCAUCCGGCACCCCUUUGAGGCCAGGCCAUGAACGGUCGAUUAGUAAAGUGUCCGAUUUUGGUGAGAGUCGACCUGAUUCUCCCUCUCCAUUUCGUGGCGGUGAUUCGGACUGGUCAAAUGCUAGACGAGAAGCUGCUGGUGCUAUUCUGGGCCAAACAGAGCAAAAUCUUGCCAAUUUGAAUGAUGAGGAGCUCAAUGCUUUAUUCGAGGAUGUGCAGCGUGCUAGAGCUGAACGUGUCUCUGGCAAAGAUGGCGAUGAGGAUAUUGACUCUGUAACUUCGUAUCCAAUACGAGAGAAAUAUAUGUCAACAGGCACGAUUGACAAUUUCUCCCUCGACACAGCGCUCACCAUGCCUUCAACUCCGAGAGCCGGCGACACAGACGAACGCCUCAGGGAGAUACGUGAGGUUAUGCAGACGCAGCUUGAAAAGCAAAAGGAAGAAUACCAUGAUCAGAUUAAGAGUGCCGAAGCAGCUAACGUUGAAGUUGAGGAGAUCAAGGCGGAGAAAGUCAAGAUGGAGGAAACCUUGGUUCAGCUGAAAGCUGAAAUGCAAAAGCAGCUUGAGGUCCAAAAACAAGAAUUUGAAGCCAAAAUCGAAAAACUUGAUCCGCUCAAGAGGCCUAAAGCGAAGCCAAGGUUGUCCGACGAGGAGGUCAAACGAGCAAAGAAGGCUGUCAAGCUCUGGAGAAGCCGUCAUUAUGUACAGAUGGCCGAAACGGUACUACAGAAUGCUGCAACUCUGAAAGAGGCCCAAAUCAUGAGUGAGGAGCUUGGCGAAAAUGUCGUCUUCCAGUUUACUGUUGUUGAUGCCGGGCAUGGUCUGUGUUCAUCCUAUGACAUGGUGCUUAACGGGGUGUCUAACGAGGGUGACGACAUUGCCUUGGAAGAAGCCCAGAAACCGUGUGUCGGUGUUCGGGUCGUUGACUACAAACAUGCCGUCGUGCACCUCUGGAGCCUUGACAAGCUUCACGACCGAGUUCGACAGAUGCGCCAGAUGCACCAAUAUCUGGAUCAACCAGAAUACAGUCAGCACUUCAAGCUUGAUAAUCCAUUUGUGGAGCCCUGCAUGCCGGAAUACUCACUCGUUGGUGAAGUCGAUAUACCACUGAAAGCUGUUUUCGACAGCCGCGUACAAGACUUCAAUCUGGACGUGUUGUCGCCACACACUUCUCAUGCAAUUGGCAUUCUCAAGCUUUCUCUCGAACCCUCAAGUGCCCGUGCACCGUCUAGCACGUUGAAGUACAAUGUGGUCAUGCAUGAUAUGGUCGGUUUCGCGGAACGGGAAGGGACCGAGGUUCAUGCCCAGCUUUUUAUCCCUGGAGUGUCGGAAGAUAGUGUCACCACGACUCAGAUGAUCAAGGACUUUGACGAGGGACCAAUUCGCUUUGACAGCGUUCAUAGUAUGAGCGUUCCCUUGUUCGGGUCGCAGGAUCUCAACCUGCGUGUUGCAAUCUUUGCCAAGGUUUCCACGAUGCAUCUCGACAAGCUUCUGAGCUGGGAUGAGAUGCGAGACUUCGUUCCCGGUGCGGAAAACAAGUCGAGGAAAGAUGCUCGUAUCAAUGAAUCCCAUUUCCUCACAGAAGAGAAGCAUGAUCUUUUGGCACGGGUACAAUUCCUAGAACUUUCAGAGAAUGGCGAUUAUGUUCCGGUUGAAGUCACACAAACAAGCGAGCUGGACAGCGGCACUUUCCAACUCCACCAAGGUCUUCAGAGACGAAUAGCGAUCAACCUUACACACAGCUCUGGGGAUGCCUUGCCGUGGGACGACAUCACUUCUGUACGUGUUGGAAAGAUUCAGCUUGUGGACCACGCCGGGAAGACACCUGAUAUGGGAGCACCAGCUCCUGACAUUCCGCUAAGGCUCAGCUCUAAACCAACAUUCCGUCAGAACGCAAAUGGUACCCGCAGCGUGAGUAUCAGUGGCCAGUGGGAUUCAAGUCUACAUAAUUCACUUCUGCUGGAUCGGACGACAGUGGACAAGUACAAAGUGCAAAUGACUUUAUCUUGGGAUAUCAGUUCAGAAAAGCUCGCCAUACCAAUGAAGUUCACAACCACUGUUUUUUGCCAAAUUCUGGGCCGGUCUUUUAUUCGACAAGCCUCCAUGCUUUCUGCUCUUUGGCAGCACGUACGCAUAGUUCAUUCAGCGAGCACCAUAUAUACUCUCACUAUGCGCCCAGCGCCUAUCAAGCGAGUCGGCGAUAUAUGGAGGUUGGAUACCCAGCAUGGUUAUGUCAAGGGCGAGGAGAAUCUGAACAACUGGACACCAAGGGGCGUCUCGCUGAUCGGAGAUUUUCUUGCCGCGCAGAAGAAACGAAGGCGCAUAGCUGAAAUCGGUGCCGCCCAGCUCUUCCUCAAGAAGAUUGGUCUUCCAGAGCCGAAGAAUGCACCUGUAGAAGAUGAGCAUCAAUCUGAAUCGGACGAGUUUUCACCGGUAUCCAAAGGCAACAAUGAUGAUGACUCAAUUCACGCCCUUCUCAACGACACUCCGCAAACUUCACGUCCCACAUCGCCCAAACCUGAUGACGAUGAAGCUCCGCAAGAGGCUCAAGAAGCACCAACCCCAGAAGAGUCUCCAGCUCAGCAAGCUGAGCAAGCUGAUCGAGCUGAGCCUGCGACAUCCGAUACAUAUGUGGAGCUUGUCGAGGAGACACCUGCGCAACCGGAAUAUAACGAACACGAGUCACUUAUUCUCAAGAAAUGUAUCAAGCUCUGGACCAGGUAUCCUGAUCCGGUGAUUCAAAUCUUGAGCCCUGAAAAUACGGCACCGCCUGCCGACGGCGUGGCUCCAGAGGCCAGCGCCCCGCCGCCACUCAUCACCACGAUAAUACAGGUACCGAAGAAUCCGAAGGUCCUGAAGGGCGGCUAUCUUCUCAUACCAAACAACGACUCCAGCAAAUGGAUCAAGCGUUUUGUAGAACUACGAAGACCAUAUCUCCAUAUCCAUAACUCCACAGACGGGGAUGAGGUCGCUAUUGUUAGCCUGCGAAAUUCAAGGGUCGAUAGUCAGCCCGAAAUACUCGCGCUCUUCAGCGGGCAAGACCCACAUGACGACGAAGAGGGUACAUCGAGUGGAGACUUCCGACCCGGUCAUCGUAGGACUUCAUCGGGACGUAUUGUAUCAUCCAUGUGGACAGGUACUGGCGGGAGCUCUGCUGGGCCCGGUCUGGGUGGUCUAAGUGAGCGCUUGCAAACAGGCGUCUUUGCAGUCUAUGGGACUGACAAUACGUGGUUAUUUGCGGCUCGCAACGAGCGCGAGAAGCUUGAUUGGAUCUUCCGCAUCGACCAAAGCUACUUUUCCGGUACCGGCAGCGUGAGCGGUAGUGGUGCCGUCAGUCCGCAACCUGGAGGUUACGCAAAUGGCGAUGGUUACUAA